AUGGCUAAGUACCUGAUACAAAUAAUAGUCCUGGGGAGUCAAGUGGUAGGCAAAGCGUUUACCCGAGCAGUGCGCCAGGAGAUGGCUGCCAGUCAGGAAGCAGCUCGGCGAGCCGGUGGCGGGUCCAAGGGCGCUCAGAGUGCCGCAGCUUCCGCCAGGACCGGGUUGUCACUCGAAGAAGCCAAGGAGAUCCUGAAUAUCAAGAACCUCAAGGACCCCGAUCAGCUGGAGGCCAUCGAGAGCAACUUCAAGCGGUUCUUUGAAGCCAACGACCGCAAGAACGGCGGCUCCUUUUAUUUGCAGUCCAAAGUCGUGAGGGCCAAAGAGCGCCUUGAUGAGGAACUCGCCAACUCCAGGACCUCCAAGCAGAAACCCAGUGCUGAAUGA